UUUCCGCUGUCACCUUGUUGAUCUUUUGUGUCGGUGGACGCUGGGGGUCUGGGUCUGGAGGGAGACAACGAAGCUGCCGCUGCCGACAGACCAGCCUCUACCCCCCGUGUGUCCGAUGUGCAUACGCGGUGUAAACGCGAGGCAGCGUCCGUUUAACGAGCAGCGUUGAUCCGAGGCCCGACCCGACCCGCCUCCCUCCCGCGUAUCCGUUAAUGGGAGCUCGGUAGCUUUGCUAACUCCACCACCACGACGACGACGGUGAUGAUGAUGCAUCAGUGGAUUUAUCCCGGUGUCUCCGACUGAGAUGGAGCCAGCGACGUCCGAGCGGAGCUGCCUGCUAGCUAGCUAGCGAGCUAACGGUGCUCGCCUCCCAGCAGCCCCGGAUAACGUUAGCUAAAUGGGUGCAACCGCGGUCUCGCUGUACGGGGUUUGCUGCAACAUCGACGGACGUUUCCGGCGCUGUCCCCGGGUUUGAUCGAGAGGAGAGGGACCAUGUCGACUUAGCGAAAACCGCCAACCGAACCGUUUAGGAUAGCCACACGUGAUACGGUUUGAUCUCGCUGCCUCCAGCAAUUACCUACACCCCGACCGCCCUUGGAUGCUUCAGUGACAUUAAGCGGACGGUGUGUAUCAGGAUGGCACAGCUCUUGGACGGGGCCGGCAAACUGGGCUGGGUUCUCCUCACGGCUGUGCUCCGGUUCGUGUUCAUGUUCCUCAACAACUGCGUGGCCAUCCCGUCCUACUGCUUGUACCUGCUGCUGCUCCAGCCGCUCAGAAUAUGGGACCGCUCCACGUUCUGGCACAUCGAGGGGGUCAUGUUCAAAUGGCUGCUGGCCAUGGUGUCUUCGUGGGGCUGGAUCGCAGGCUACACAGUAACAGAGUGGGGUGACGAUGUACGGCCCAUUACAGAAGAGGAAGCUAUGGUCAUAGUCAACCACCAGUCAACAGGAGACGUGUGCACCCUCAUGAUGUGCCUGCAAGACAAGGGCUCGGUGGUUCAAAAAAUGAUGUGGUUGAUGGACCAUGUGUUUAAAUACACCAACUUUGGCCUAGUGUCCUUGAUCCAUGGGGACUUCUUCAUCAGACAGGGUAAAGCUCACAGAGACAAGCAGCUGAUCUACCUGAAAGAUCACCUAGACAAAUAUUACCACAGCCGCGACAGGAAGUGGAUAGUGCUGUUCCCAGAAGGCGGCUUCCUGCGCAAACGGCGGGAAACCAGCCAGUUAUUUGCCAAGAAGCACUCUCUCCCACACCUGACCCACGUCACGUUGCCUCGACUCGGGGCCACGCACGUUAUCCUGAAAACUCUGUCCGCCCAGCUGGAGAAUGGCAGCGUGGGCAUCGAGACUGUGACCCCCAACCAGAUAGGUAACAAGCGUAGAGGCCUGCAGUGGGUAAUAGAUGUGACCAUAGCGUACCCUAAAGCAAGACCCAUGGACAUCCAGACAUGGAUCUUUGGCUACAGGCCUCCUACAGUCACACAUGUACAUUACAGGAUGUACCCAAUAAAAGAGGUUCCUGUGGAGGCAGAGGCCCUGACUGACUGGCUGUAUCAGAGGUUUGUGGAGAAAGAAGAGUUGCUGGCCUACUUCUACGACACAGGAUCCUUUCCCUCUCUGGACGGACACAAGGUGGCAGUUUCCCGGCAAAUGACCCUGGACCCCGUGUGGCUGUGCAUCAUCCAGUCGUUUGCUUUUGCCUCCGGCUACAUGUGGUACAGCGUCCUCCUGUACCUCUACUGCUGUUUAUUUUGAGUGCGCUGAUGAGCUGAGAGUCUUAAUCGGACCACUGGAAAAGCCUCAGGAUCGUUUGGUGUGUGGCCCAGCGGCGUCGCACUCGCCCCCUACGAUGGAUGAAUGUACAAUUUGCAACAGCGGAGAGACUUACCAGGAAACAAUAAACAUAUGAAGUACACACACACAGAUUAAAGAAACCCAUACAUUAUGAAAACGAUCACAGGCAUAGUUAACGUACACACAACCCUAACGCCACACACUCGCUCCUGCGGCCUCGCAGAAUAAUCUCUCGCACUCGUCACAACUCACAUUUUGAUGUUUACACGUCCUCAUACACGUAGACGCUGACACGUACAUGACUUUUUAUUCAAAGUUAACAAAAUGAGGCUCAGGACUCUUCCUAAAGACGCUCUGGACCAGACUCUCUCUCUCUCCCCCUCCCAGGCUUUAGCCGUGGUAGUUUUACAGAGUAUAAAGUGUGUAUGGACGCGUGUGUGAGUGAAUAUAUGUGAUUAGAAGCGUAAUGUCUGCCCUUAUUCUUCCUCCUGGCAAGAGUUGAUGAAGCCCACUGGACGUCUCUUUCAGCCCGCUGACGACCCGGCGGGCCACACCUUCCGGAGCGAGCGGCUGUAUGAACGUUGAGGCUGCGCCGCCGGCCGCUCCUCUGGCCUUCAUUGCACUAAGGAAUCCAUACUGCCCUAACUGCUCCCUGCCCCAGGAAAAGGCUCCUGAUCGGUAGCUGUCGAUGUUUUGAUUGUCUUUUGUUUUCCUCCCUUUAACCCGCAUAUCACCACAACUACAGCCAUCGUUACUUGUCGAGUUUCUUCUUUUUGUCAUCAUGACUUUUUUUUUUUUUCCUGUGUCCGCCUGUUUGUCGAGGCAGUAUUCUGAGCUCACUGAGAAAAGGGGGGGAUCAUGUUUACACUGGCAGCCCUGCUGAAAGCCUAAAGAGACGGUGGCUAUGAUGCAGCGCUUGAUUUAAGGAUCUUUUUUUCCUGUUUCGUAUGUGAAGGGAGGAAGAGGAACGAUAACUCGAAAAGAAAACAAAAAAAAAAAGUCUGGUUGCAAGAAGUGCAGUCUGAUCACCUAUGAACUGACUUCCUCUCCUGUGGAUUCUCUUUUUCACCCUCUGCUCUCCAACAUACACACUUGCAGACAAAAACAGGUGCGCACACACAACCAUGUGCAGCUACACAGCGGAGUAGACAUCUGUCUCCAGGAUCAUCUCAAUGAGUCCGACUGAGAAGGACUCCGAAGACUCUUAUUCCCCCAUUGGACUGAAUAGUUUUACAAAUAUUUAAGCCAUAUGCUUAGUGUUUUUGGGGUGGUGAAAAAGACAUGGAAAAAAAUAUGAUUUUUUUUUUUAUAGGAAGCUACCCAAAUGUUCAGCAUUCUACGAUAGAAAUUUUGGCUUACAGAACUAUAGGUGUCAUUACUGUAAAUUUACAGCAUAACCUGCCUAACUGAGUGUGUGUGGUUGUCGUCCCCCCCCCCCCCAUUUUUUGAUAUAUAUGAAUUAUGUCGUGUCGCUCUGUGACGUCAGAGUGUGGCGGCAACUUCACCACAAGUGGUCAAAACUUUUUAUUUCAUUUUAAAUUACAUGAACUUUGGUCUUCAUGUCACGGUAUCUUUAAAUCUUGUACAUAACGAAGCUGAGGACGAGUUUUCAAUGUUGAGAAGGAAGAUGACUGAAGCCGUUUUUUUCUCUUUUGGUCCACGAUACAUUCAGAUAAUUUUUAGUUUCAGUUGUCAUGAAUGUUUUUAAAAAAAGAAGAAGAAGAAAGCAAGGAUUUUCCCUUCACUUCUCAGUGUUAUCAUAUAUUUUUCUUUCUUUUAAUUUCAAGCUCCUGAGCAGAAAGUAGUCGUGUACUUCAAGUCAUUAAAGCUACUGUAUGUUCUGGCCGUUUGCACAGUUUCAAACUUAUACAAUUGUACAUUUUAAAUCUUUGGGAGACCGCGUCUUUCAGGACUAUCCCUGAUGUCCUGGUCGACCACAAUCCCUCAAAUGAAGCGGUUUCCUCACGCUCUCUUGACAAACGUUUGAUGUAAAGACAGUUUCGAGGAGUUGAGCUCAAACUGGGUCAGUGAGGAAGAGAUCGCUCCUCAGUUACAAGGGAAACUCCGGCAGGGCCCCGCAACGAUGCAGCUGUUAUCUCUCGAAUGUACUUGUGUUGUGAUGUCGAGGUCAACUCUGUGUAAUUUGCUUAGCCUGCUGUAAUGAGGAAAACUGCAGAGGAGCAGCAGGGAACAAAUGCAACAAAAAAAGGUGCAUUUCAGUAGUUGCUGGUCUCUCUGUGCACCAUUGUUGGUAGAAACUGUGUGAGAUUUAAAAUAAGGGCUACCUGGUCGGGUAGGUGGAUAACAUUUUAAAUUAAAGGCUGUAGAUGUGUUUCAUCCAGCGGCCCUUUCAGAUUCCCCUCCAUCGUGAGAGUGACUUCAAAUGAAGCUUCAUUGCUUUUUUUUUUUUUUCCACCUUUUUCAAUUUUAUUUUUUAUUUUAUUUUAUGACCAUGUUUCCAAAGAAGGCAGGGAAAUAAAGUUUUCCUAGAUGUGGCUUUAGGAAAUAAACACAAUAGGGAUUUAAAGAAAUUAUACUAGAAUUGUCUGUAAUUUUCCAUUUUGUACUCCUUUAAUUCCUAGCUACACAGCCAUUUUACAACACAAAAAACUUGUGCUGGAAUAAAACAUCAUAAAGAUCCUAA